CCUGCUGCCUGGUUUUUCAGUUUUUGAAAUCAAUCGAUACCUCAAUUUCAGAAGAGCAAUAAAUUAAAAAUGUAGUAUCUUUUUGCUGUCUAAUAUUUAUCUGACUGUUUAAUUACACGAGUACGAAAUAGUAGAAUAUUCUGUCCUGCCCGAAAUUUAAUUGUUUGAUGGCAGUAUAGUAUGCGAGGUGUUGAAUCUAUUUGUGAUUUGUUUUCAAUCCGAAAUGGUUAUCCAAAAGAACAAAGAAACAAAUAAUCUCUCAACGUUCGAUAGCACUACAAGUACAUGGAAUUUUCAGGCGCAACCGAAAAUAGUUAAUGUACGUACGAGCACAACAGCAAAUAUGCAAGCGAAGCAGCCUAUAACACGGCAAAUAGCCAUAAGUACUUUGGCAGCCAUGCACCGGCGGUUCAGUCUCCCUGGUCCAGUUCAACCACACUCAAGACCUAUUGCUGAAUUUCGAGCAAGUGCUAAUAAAUCUCUGGACAUGUUACGCCAAACUAUACAGUCUGCAGUUACUAGAGAAAUCGACCAAGUUAUCAAAAAGUAUUUAGAAAAAUUCUUUGUUCCUGCUGUAAAUAAUAUAAGAUUAAACUUGGGCGAUGAGUCUGUAAGUGAGGAUCAAGUGCGAGCAGUCUGUCGAGCAAUGUUGGAUGCCACACGGUUAUUAUAUUCGACUCCUCCACGCACUGUAGCCACAGGAUUUGCCGAUGUCACAAGUGAUGCUGAGUCUAGCAAUAGUACAGAAAAUAAGUUAACACGACAAACAUUCCAGAAUUCAUCACAAAAACGCAAAGACAUGGAACUAGACAUAGACUUUUCUAAAAUAAAGAAAAUAAAGCAAGAGGAUUCCACCGAUAGUGGGUCAUCAUCACCCAUCCCGUCACCCGCGCUUCGAGACCCUGAGAAAUGGAAUCCAGCAAGACUCACUCAAGACACCCUAUUUAUCAUGGGAUCCCACGCACAUAAAGUGUUAGGACUUGGUAAUUCGCGUGGACGACUUUAUACAAGACACGCCGGUUUGCUGCGAUACCCUGCCGAUCCCGCUGAUAAGGAAUGGAUCGCCACACACAAUCUUGUCAAUGCUGUUGGUGGCAAGACAUAUAUUAUGGUGUUAGAAGACAUUGAAGAACUUGCCACCAGUGAUGCAUAUAAACACAGCUCUCUGCCUUUGCUAGGCGAAUUAACAGGAUUCAAAGUCCCACCGUUUAUGUUAAGAAAAAUAAAGGCUUACGUAUUGAGGAGAGCAUUAAGCGGAGACCUGAGUAAUGCGGACAGUCCUCAGCCAUCAACAAGUAGUGCUCAAGAGGACAAAUUCAAAAUCGAUGACAUUAAAUUAGAAGCACACGACGAUUUCGAUUCGGCUAAUUUUAAUGCGAGCCAGUAUAUGACGAAUUCUGAUGCUUCAAGAGAUUUCGCUGAUGAUCAACUCAUGAAAGAAGACACAGAUUUUGCUGACAUUAAAGUUGAGGACAUGGACGACAUUAAAGUUGAUGGUAUAAAAAUGGAGGAUUUGGAUGAAAUAAAAGUAGAUGAAGUCGAAGGUUUAGAAGUUAAUGGAGUUAAAGUUGAAAAUAUUGAUGGUAUAAAUGUUGAUGCAAUCAAAGUUGAGGACAUCAAGUUGGAAAACGACGAUGCGUUCGAUCUCUGCAAGCAAACAGACGACGAUCAGAAUCUUGUAGAAGGCUUGUUGGAGGCCGAUAUCGAGUUUUUGAGCCGCAAUUUGGGCAACAUCGAGAGCGAUGCUGAUGCUAGAAAAACUAUCGAGAAACUGACAGGAGCUAAUCCAGAUACGAUUACUCUCGUUGGCGACGAAUUUGAUUUGGGAACAACACUUAACACAAGUAAUUUCACAGGAAAUCAAAACACAAAAUGCAUAACUGUGGCAUCAACAACCAGUGGCAUGGUACACAGUGUACCAGUGGCGCACAUAGCCGCCCCACCUCGCAUCACUGGCAGCACUGUCCACUACUACACCAGCAGUGGAGUGCAACCCACUGGACAAAGGACCAUACAUCAUCUGCCACAAGCCACUGUCACUAUACAGAGUAUCCCGGGAUCCAACUCGCAUAUGAUUCGUGGCAUCCCGAUCAACACAAAAUCUGGCACAAUCAGCACGGUGAUGUCCCAAGGGACGGCCAGUACGAUCAUUGGCUUCGGAACGCGAACAUCCAACGCUACCUUAAUCGGCACGCCCGCACAGUAUGUCAAUGUUUCUUCCAAAUCUUUCCCCACAGGCAACAUUCUACACAACGCCAUCGUUUCAAAGAAUAUCAUAAACCGAAGCACUGUUACUUCGGGAGUCUCGUUCAACGUAUCGGGUGUAAGGCCGAUAUUGCACACGACCACCCCUAAGAGCACUUUAAUCACAGCUUCAUCCACUGAUUUCGAUAGUAUUUCUACAACUAAAGACAUGAUUGACAACGCUUGCAACUCCUCUGUUAUGCUGAAAAAAGUUUUAACUCUAGGCAGUUCGGGGGCCACGAAAUCUUUUAUGAUGCAUAACACGCAAAAGGUCUUGUCCACUGGUUUUGCUAAUGGAGUCACUCCACCGCCGAACGUUACGAUUGUUAGUUCGGGCACUAGUGGGGGUAUAUUGAAUAACAAUAAUGGGGCGAAUAUCGUUUGCCCGACAUCUGGAAACUUAAGCGCUACUCAUGCUACACUGUCUGCUUUGUUGGCUUCUAACGCUGAAAACGCUCAAGCUAACAAGAAUUGAUAGUAUUUUACUGUUAAAUCGUAUAUCGUAAUCGUUCUUUAUAACCGUUUUGAUCUCAAUGUAUUCACUAUUAUUUUUUGUAUUACGUUUUCACAUUGUUUUACUUUUUACAAUCAUGUUUUGCUCGCUUUAUUUAUUUAUUGUGAAGUUGUUAAAACAAACAUCAAAAAGGAAUAUUGUAUGAAUAAUAAUAAUUAUAUCUACCUCUUUAUAUGUUACCUGAUGAAUUAGUUUGUAAUAUUUAUGGUCGUAAGUAUCUUUAAAGUAACUAUGGCUACAACAGUAACCAAGAGCAAUUGUAGCAUUCCCUCUAUUACUCAAAAAAAUGAUCAUAAUUUAUUAUGGUGUUUUUAUUAAAUAAUAAUACAAAAAAAUGUUCAAGUAUAAUGGUUUAUUUUAUAAUAGAAUAAAGUGGCAUUGUCUGUACUUAGAAGGUUCUCUUUAAAGGUAAAUAGAUGUUGUGCAAAUGUGUGUGUAUUCAAAGUACUAUAAAUUAGAGUCUUAUAAAAAUUGUAAAACUAUUGCUAUAGUUAUUACCUUUUAUUGUUAGUUAUACACUUAUACAGGUAUGACAUAAGGCCGCGAUUACAUCUGUAGUUUACGUAAUUGAUUGACAACUUUACGAUUGUAAAUGUACUUAAAAGAUUGUUUACAUUAGUUUUGUCGUAAGUUUAUCACGUAAGUAUGUGAGUUUACGUGAGUAAAACUUACAGGUGUAUCCGCGGCCUAAUACAUAUUCCAUUCCAAUCCAAAAUAUCUACGAAAGUGAUUUGUUUGAACCUACCAUUUUAAGUUACGUUAAGUUUUAUGUUAUUUGAGGCUGUGGAACUUAAUCUUUAUUGACAGUAUUAAUGUAUAAUGUAAGUUAGAAUAUUUUUUCUAUAAGUAUAAGUACAUAAUUAGUACAUGCUGAAGUAUAUUUUGUAACCUAUAAGGCUUUAUUUUUGUGCAUUUAUUUUUCAAUACUUAGUGUUAAGGAUUGUCAGUUUAAGUUAGCUUGCUUUAUUGGACUGUUAGAAUAAUCUAAUGAUCAAAUUAUUAUUUUCAGAGAUGUUCUAAAACAAGUACACCGUGUUUUAUGAAUGCUUGUAUUUUCGCAAGGUACAUAACUGUUUGAUUUAAGAAAUUAAAGUAAAAUAGUACAGUAAGGUAUAAAACGCCUAACAUUUUUGCAGUUUACACAAUAAUAGCGCUAGAGUGCGUCCUUUUCAUUUUCAGAGAUGACGUCUAUCCAAAGAAACUUAUAAAU